AUGGAGCAUGAGGCGCAUGCUGGUCUUGGAGCUACCUGGCCUGGGCUAGAGUUGGCAGGCGGAGAGGCGCUGGGCCUUGCGCGUCGUGGGCUUGCGCUGGGCAAGCAGGCCGUGCGUGCUGGAGCUGGAGAACCGGGCCGCAUGUGUGCUGGGCUGCGUGCGCUGGCGGGCUGCUCGCGCUGGGCUGGAAGGACUGACGGUGUUCUUGGAGUUUCUGAAGUGUACAAGAAGAGGUUUGUAGCCAACCUGCACCGCGUUACAAAUGAAGAUCAAUUCCAGAGGUGGCGGGCUGCUUAUGCUUCUGCAAUUCCUGAGGAUGUGCAUAUCAAGCUGGCGAAGCCUUUGACUGACAACAUGCCUUGCGUGGAUGCGAAUGAUCCAAAUGCGAGAAUCAUCACCUUCCGUCCCUUUUACUUCUCCUUGGGCUUCAAAUUCCCGUUGUCGAAGCUCUUCAAGGAGGUGUUUUGCGCCAUGGGGUGUGCUCCGAGCCAGUGUACUCCCAAUGUUUAUCGGGCGAUCAUGUGCUUCAAGGAGUAUGCCCAACUUCGCAACUGCAAUGUCAAGCUGUUUGACAGUCUUAGUCAAGGAGAUCACGUGUGGCAUGAUGAUGUGUUGGAAGUCAGCGGACAGUGGGAAGGCGAUGUUGGUGAUGGUCCCCUUGUUCCCCUCACCUAUUGCAAUUUGGAUGACAUCAGCAAGAAAUUGGAGCUUGAGCCUGACAUGGCUAAGGUCAGCCGCUCUUUGAACAUCCCCCAAAAGUUCCGUGAGUGGCGUUGGCUGUUGAGCGAGUAUCGGGAUGAGGACGGUGGUCUGCCCCUAGCCGAGGAUGUCGAAAGAUGGAAGCAGAAUGGUCCGGACCCUGAUGAUCUGUCUGCUGAACAAGGGGCAUGCUCUGCUGAACCCCCACAAAAAAGGAAGGCUGAAGUCAAGUCUCCGAGAACUCAAGCUACCUCUUCACGGGCGAGGAACGUGUCUCCAUUGAGAAAGAAGCCAAAGCUCCCUUCUGCUGAGAAGAUCCAAGUAGGAGUUGUUGUCACACCCCAACCCUUGGAUUUACAAAACCUUGGGUUACGAUGUGAUUCACAUCUUAAUUAUAGAAUUGAAUACAAACUAUAA